CUCUCGUGCUCUCGCUCAACAUUGACGCCCUAGCCAUGCAGCAGACCUUCAGCGAGGACAGGAGGAAGGCAGAGGACGAGAAAGACCGAGCUGCAGAUAUGAAGUUCCUGGAGGAGAUGAAGGAAACUCUUCUCUCGGUGAAGGACAACGUAGAAGAGAUCAAAGGCAUUGUGAUAGAGACCAAUAACAUGAUGAAGGACUUAAAAGCAGAACAAUCCAAUGCUCCAGCGUCCCCUGAACAGGAGACACCUCCUGCUCCCUUAAAAGCACAGGCUCCACCUCCCAUCCAGGCGUUCCAACAGGCCCCGGCCUACACACGGGCACCUCCACAAGUAUACCAACAGGCCCCGACCUACACACCGGCACCUCCACAAGUAUACCAACAGGCCCCGGCCUACACACCGGCACCUCCACAAGUAUACCAACAGGCCCCGGCCUACACACCGGCACCUCCACAAGUAUACCAACAGGCCCCGGCCUACACACCGGCUCCUCCACAAGUAUACCAACAGGCCCCGGCCUACACACCGGCACCUCCACAAGUAUACCAACAGGCCCCGGUGCUCCAGCCAAUGCCGGAGUUUCAACAGCAACAGACCCAGGUUGUGAUUGGUUCUGGUGACCUGGGUGACGUCCCCACCAUGACCACGUGUCAGCACUGCGGAGAGCGGGUCCAAACCAGAGUGGUGUAUCACAGCGGCGCCUUCGCCUGGCUGAUCUGCGGACUCUGCGUCGUGUUUGGGAUGGUGUUCGGCUGCUGUAUCAUCCCCUUCUUCAUGGACAGCUGCAAAGACGCUCACCACUUCUGCAGCAAAUGCAAUGUUCAGCUGUGUGUCCACAAGAGGAUGUAGUUUUCACACAGACACACGGAACUAACCCCUA